AUCGCGAGGAGUCUCGCGAGAGUUCCGUGGAGGCCGCGGCGGCGGCGGGAUGGGAGCGCCGAGAUGCCCCGGCACUGCUCCGCCGCCGGCUGCUGCACCCGCGACACCCGCGACACCCGCGGCAGAGGCAUCUCCUUCCACCGGCUGCCGCGCAGGGACGACCCCCGCCGCGCGCAGUGGUUGGAGAACAGCCGGAGACGGGACCCGGCGGGGGGCGGGCGCUGGGACCCCAGCUCCAAGUACAUCUACUUCUGCUCCCAGCACUUUGAACAGUCCUGCUUCGAGCUGGUGGGCUACAGUGGCUAUCACCGCCUGAAGGAGGGCGCUGUCCCCACCGUGUUCUCCCUGGGCCCCUCGCGGCCCCCGCGCCCCCCCCGGGCCAAGCCGCGCCCCCCCCCCAAGGACAGCGACCCCCCAAAACCGGCCAGGGGCGCCCGCAGGUGGAGACGCGACCCCCUCCCACCCCCGCCGGACCCCCCGAUCCCCUCGGACACCUCGUGCUUCCCCCAGCCCACCCAAGACCCCGACCCACCCCCGGCCGGCGACCACGGCGGCGUCCCCGCGCUGCCCGGCCCCUCGGGCUCCAUCCCCGAGACCCUGCUGGUGGCCACGGGCGACGAGCGAGCCACGGCCACCCCCGCCCUGCCCGAGGGAGCCCCCCCGACCCCCGCAGCUCCUCCAGCUCCUCCUCCUCCCCCCUCGGUGUUCAUGGUGCGGCUGCCGCCGAGGGCGGGCUCGUACAUCCAGAGCGAGCACAGCUACCAGGUGGGCAGCGCCCUGCUCUGGAAGCGCCGCGCCGAGGCGGCGCUGGACGCGCUGGAUAAGGCGCAGAGGCAGCUCCAGGCGGGGAAACGCCGCGAGCAGAGGUUGAGGAUGCGCCUGGCGGAGCUGCAGAGGGAGAGGAGGGCGGGGGAGGCGAGGAGGAGCUUCAAGGGGACGCUGAGGAGCUGCGGGGAGCUGCCCGUGGUGGUGGAGGUGGAGAUCGUGGGGGAUGGAGGAGGGCGGUGCUGAGGGGAUGGGGAGGGGUGGGAGAGGGGAGGAGACCCCAGGGAGCCACGAGGAGCCCUGAAAGAGUCCUUGAGGAGACCCAGGGAGCCACGAGGAGUCCUGAAAGAGCCCCCAGGGAAUCCUUGAGGAGACCCAGGGAGCCCUAAGGAGUCCCUGAGCAGCCCCAAGGAGCCCUGAGGAACCCUAGGGAGUCCCCAAGGAGCCACAAGGAGCCCUAGGGAGUCCCCAAAGAGCCACAAGGAGCCCCAAGGAGUUCCUGAGGAGCCUCAAGGAGCCCCUGAGGAGUUCCAGGGUGCCACAAGGAGCCACCAAGGAACCCCCAAAAGAGCCCCCAGAGUCCUCAAGGAGCCCAAAGGAGUCCCCAAGGAGCCCCAGGGAGCCACAAGGAGUCCCUGAGAGGCCCCAAGGAGUCCUAAAGGGGUCCCAAAGGAGUCCCUGAGAAGCCACAAGGAACCCUGAGGAGUUCCAGGGAGCCCCAAAGAGUCCUCAAGGAGCCCCAGGGAGUCCCUGAGGAGCCUCAAAAAGCCCCAGAGAGCCUGUAGGAGUCCCAGGGAGCCUCAAGGAGCCACCAAGGAACCCCCAAGGAGUCCUCAAGGAGCCCCAACGAGUUCCUGAGAAGCCAAAAGGAGCCCUGAGGAGUCCCUAAGUAGUCCCUGAGGAGCCUCAAGGAGUCCUAAGGAGUCCCUGAGAAGCCCCAGGGAGCCCCAAGGAGUCUCUGAGGAGUCCUAGGGAGCCCCAAGGAGCCACCAAGGAACCCCCAAGGAGUCACAAGGAGUCCCCAAGGAGCCCCAGGGAGUCCCUGAGGAGCCCGAGGGAGCCACAAGGAGUCCCAAAGAACCACAAGGAGCCCUAGGGAGUCCCCAAGGAGCCCCGAGGAGUCUCCAGGGAGUACCUGAGAAG